UGCCUUCCUUCCUUCUUGGCCUGGUAUCACUUACCAACACAGAUCCCCCUAGUCGUCUCGUGCCGCAGGAGGCGUCCCUUUCCGUCUUCUCCCUCUCCAUCUUCUCGCCAUGGCUAUCCUAGCAGUCACCUUGAACACACUCUCGCCUGCCCUCACAAAGGCAGUGGAGCCGUUUUGCACAAAGUACGGCUUUCCCCAUCUGGCUACGCACUUCCCCCUCGCCCUCGCCUCCCUCGUCUUCUGGGUCUCCCUCCAGUUCGCCUCGGCUCUCAUCACUCCAUCCCUAUAUGCGCCUUACAAGAACCUUCCGCGAAAGACGCGCGUACAGUGGCAUGUACACCUCGUAGCUCUCGUGCACGCCGUCAUUAUCACCCCCCUGGCAGCGGCUCAGUGGUAUGCUGUCAGGCAGGAUGGGGGGCUCGUGGGAGGCAAGCAUCCCUUGGCAGCUAACAGGCUGUAUGGCUACACCGUAGAGACCGGAAACGUCUAUGCCAUCGCCCUCGGCUACUUUGCAUGGGACGUAGUCGUCUCUGCCCUCUUCGACGGCCCCGCCUUCAUCGCCCAUGGAGUCGUGGCCAUGGUCGCAUUCACUUUCGUCUAUCAUCCCAUCUUCAUGUAUGACGGUCUGGGCUUCCUCCUCUGGGAGCUGUCCACUCCCUUCCUCAACAUCCAUUGGUUCAUGGACAAGACGGGCAACACCGGCUCCACCGCUCAGCUCGUCAAUGCCUUUUUCCUCCUCAGCUCCUACGUCCUAGCUCGCCUGACAUUUGGAGUGUACAACUCCUACUCCUGGUUCAAGCUGGUCAACUUCCCAGCCACACCGCACGUGCCUGCGAUCCCUCUGCCCAUCAAGCUCUUCUACUCGAUAGGAAAUGUGACGCUCAAUACCCUCAACUUCAUCUGGUUCAGGGCAAUGAUCGCCGCGGUGCAGAAGCGAUUCACCUCAUCUCCUUCGGAUGCUGACAAGAAGAGGCUUGCCUCUGGCAAGGUUACACCCGAGGAGAAGGAACGCGCUAGCAAAGCAGACGAGGACGCUCGUAUCAUGGCUGGUGUAGGUCAGGAGAGCAGGGAGGACCUCCGAAGAAGGGUCGCAGCUGGUCAGCCUGUCAAGGCUUAGGCUGCGGCUAGAACAGGAGGCGGCCGGCUCAGAGUUUGAGGGAGUAUGGAAAAGGUUGUGAUAUAUGCACCGGUUGCGGACAGAUCUGCGCGAGACGAGAGUAGGGAUGGGAGCGGUAGACGAUAGCAAAGAGAUGGGCCGGAAAUCUAGAAGAUGCGGUCGAGCGGGACAGGCUCUGGCUCUCGCCCAGGAAAAGGAUUUAUUCCACUCUGAGAAGCCGAUACACAUGGUCGGAAGUC